AUGCAACUCCUCCAUUACCGAUUCUUCCCCUCUCUUCAUUUCGCUUCCCCCACUACUACCACUUUCCGAUUCGCAAAUUGCAAAAUUAGAAAAAUCUCAACAACAUCUUCAAUGUCUUCUUCUUUAUCAGCCUCACCACCACCAUCAUCAUCAGAAGACUUAAAUCAAGUAAUAAAAUACCAUAACCAAACAAAACACAAUUUCUUCAACUACGCAAAAGGUCCAAAUGGUCUUGAUUGGGCAAAUCAACCAAACCCCUUUCGUCGUUACAUCUCUUCUCCUCUCCUUCCAUUAGAACAAACUGAAUCCCUAAUAAAUGAACCACCUUUAUCUUACUCUUCAUUAUUUCAUUCACUCCCAUCAUCAAAACCCAUUACUCAUUCAACAAUUUCUCAGUUUUUCUACGAUUCUUUAGCAUUAUCAGCUUGGAAAACUGCUGGGUUUUCAACCUGGUCACUUCGUGUUAACCCUAGUAGUGGUAAUUUACAUCCAACAGAAGCUUAUAUUAUAUCACCUAAAAUUUCAUCUCUUUGUAAUUCUUCUUUUGUUGCACAUUAUGCACCUAAACAACAUUCAUUGGAGCUCAGAGCUGAGAUUCCUGAAGGUUUUUUACAGAAUUUGUUUCCUGAAGGGUCUUUUCUGAUUGGGCUUUCUUCGAUUUUUUGGCGGGAAGCUUGGAAGUAUGGGGAGAGGGCGUUCAGGUAUUGUAAUCAUGAUGUUGGUCAUGCUAUUGGUGCGGUGACUAUUGCUGCAGGUGAGCUCGGUUGGGAUGUUAAGAUUCUGGACGGGUUGGGGUAUUCUGAUUUGGAAAAACUUAUGGGUUUAGGCUCAGGGUUUAAGGUUCCAUCUGUUAGUAAGAAAGGAAAAUUCCCUGAGAUUGAAUUUGAGCAUCCAGAUUGUGUUCUUGUUGUAUUUCCUAAAGGGAUUGGUGAAUUCAGUGUUGAUUAUGAGAAAUUGAGUUUGAAAAUAUCUGAAGUGUUUUCGGAUUUGGAGUGGAAGGGAAAAGCUAAUGCUUUGAGUAAAGAACAUGUGUGUUGGGAUGUCAUUUAUAAGACUGCUGAAUCUGUAAAGAAGCCGCUGACAAGAGACGGGUUUUGUGUGAAUUCUCUACAGAGAAGUGGGUUGAUUUCGGAAGAGGUGUAUAGAGAUUCUAAAUUGAGGGAGAUUAUAAGGAAGAGAAGAAGUGCUGUAGAUAUGGAUAAUAAAUAUGUAAUGGAAAGAGAGACAUUUUAUCAAAUUCUUUUGCAUUGUCUUCCUUCGGGCGAAGGGGAGAAGCAAGGGAAACAACUUGCUUUGCCAUUUCGAGUACUUCCAUGGGAUGCUGAAGUUCAUGCACUUUUAUUUGUUCAUAGAGUGAAUGGACUAGAGAAGGGUUCGUAUUUCUUGGUGAGAAAUGAAGAUCAUUUUGAUGAAAUUAAAAGACUAACAAGAAAUGAGUUUGACUGGGAGAAGCCAGAGGGUUGUCCAGCUGAUCUCCCGCUUUAUAGACUUGCACUGGGUGAUCAUGCAGCGCUUGCACAGCGGCUUUCGUGCCAUCAGGAAAUUGCCUCAGAUGGCUGCUUCAGCCUGGGCAUGGUUGCUCGCUUUGAGUCGACUUUGCAUGAGAAAAAUGCCUGGAUGUAUCCCCGUUUGUUUUGGGAGACUGGAAUUCUUGGUCAGGUACUAUACCUUGAGGCACAUGCAGUUGGAAUCUCUGCUACCGGAAUCGGCUGCUACUUUGAUGAUCCAGUUCAUUCCUAUCUCGGGCUAGAAGGGUCAGAUUAUCAGUCUCUUUACCAUUUCACAGUUGGAAGCCCUGUGGUCGACAAACGCAUUAUGAGCCUGCCUGCUUAUCCAGGACUCGACAUGGACGCGUAAAACACCUCUUAUCACAUCUCAUGGAUGAAACUUUUGCAAUUACCUUUGGCGUCUUUAACUGUAUCCAUUAUCUGUACAUGCUGAUGAUUUUAUUAUAUCUUAGAAAGAGAGAAAAUAAGGUCAGUUGUUAUAUGGGGUUCAAACCCAGCUCCUGAAAAGAAUUACCGUCAUAGUUUUGUUAGCAGUGUUGCACUUGGUUAAAUAAUCAUACUGUAAAUUUGUAAGCUUCAAUGUCCAAAAGUUGCAAAGGGAUCUUUGUUCAAGUCCUAAUAAAAAGUACCAGUUUUCGAGUGGUAAA